AUGCACAACGGUACCGAUUUUCCAGCCCUUCCGCUAUUUUAUUUGACGGAUAUGUUCUCCAAUGAAGAUUUCAACGGUCUUGAAGAUGCCCUUUGGGAUAGCUUUGAGGACGUACCCCCAGAAUGGGGACCCAUGGAAACCCUCCAUAUCCCCUGGAAAAGGCCCGAUGAUGCCCCGAAUCUAUCAGAUGGAACUUUACAUGAUAUGUGGAAUAUCUUUUGGGAAACUACCUGUCCCAGAUUCCAUCCUCUGCUAUUGUUCUUCGUUGACAAGCAACUCAGCGUUGAUGGGACAUUGAUCGUUGUCAGCGAAUGGGAGACUUUCAAGAGCGAAAUCCAGGCGGGCCAAGAAGGUUUGCUGCGAGGUAUUGAAAGGCCUCUCGUGAGAGGACAUGGAAUUAUUCCAGAUCUCGCGUUGUAG